UCGAGUCGACAGCAUUAGCCAGUAUAACCCUAGGCCCGAGCGGUGGUGUACGUCAGUGCGUCUCAGUGAAUUGCAACAGAGAUUUGUCGUUGAAUAAUUAUGAAGGACAUUGGCUCUACAUCCGUGUGAUGUCUGUUCCCCCUCCUUAAUUAGACUGCAUAUUAUUUCGACGCGGCAGAUUGUCUGACUUCGGACAGGCUGCUGCAUAAGUCGCGCCCCCCCCGCUGGUGUUCCGUAGAAUUUAUGCGAGGCGACGGUGGAGCCCUCUACCUGGGAUGUGCCCUUAAAAGCGUCAGCUCUCAAUGAGAAGAGCACUUGUGCUUUGCAUCUCGCACUGAAGCCUUUCUUGCAAGGUCCGUUGGUCAUCCGGACUUCAAGGAACACUUAUACCUGACCUCAUGAUGGCUACCACAAGAGGGAGUCUCUUGCGGAAUUGGGUUGGCGCAGGAACGUCUCCUGUGGACUGGUGUGAGGACAACUACACCGUCACUCCCCACAUAGCCGAAUUCGUCAACACAAUCAGCAACGUGCUUUUCCUGAUCGUUCCGGCCGCUUGCACGCACCUAUGGGCCAGCUACGCCAAACACGUCUCGCGGGGCAUCCACGUCGUGUGGAUCUUCUUCACCGUCAUCGGUUUGUCGUCGGCCUAUUUCCACGCCACGCUGUCCCUCCUGGGCCAGCUCUUGGACGAACUAUCUAUCCUGUGGGUGCUGAUGGUGUCCUACGCUCUGUUUACACCAGUCCAGUACAGGCCCAAGUACCUUAGGACGAAUCAAAAGCUCUUUCUGGGCGCCAUGUCGCUUCUGGCCUGUUUGAUUACAGCCUCGGCCUUCGUCCAACCAGCCGUCAACUGUUACGCCCUCUUCCUGGUGGGCGCCCCGGCUGUGACUAUGUUAGUGGUGGAGGUUCGGGCGGCCAGAGAACCAACCGUCACCCGGCUAGGGUUCAUAACCUUGUGCGCCCUAGGCCUAGCGACGACGGCCUGGGUGGGAGACAAAUUCCUUUGUGCCUUGUGGCGCGCGUUGAAUAUCGCUGUCUUGCACGGGUUGUGGCACGUACUCAUUUUUGUCAGUGCAUAUAUGACUCAGGUUCUCUUCUGUUAUAUCCACGCUUAUCAGGACGUGCCCGAGUCGCUGCCUGUCCUUCGAUACUGGCCCCCUAAGAAGAGUUGGGGUCUCCCUUACGUCUACUGCCAAAUAUACAGCCAUGACAAGACGCCCUAAGAUGGAGCUCGUCCUUGCAACCUUCCUCAGCAAUCUUCCUCACCAUAUCUCAAGUCCACGGACCGAGUUAUCUUCCCUCGUCAUCCUACCUCCGCAGUUGCUCUUUAACGAACCGAAAGGCUCUCCUGUGAACCACGUCACUUGAACAACCAAAGACUUAUCGUUAACUAUUCAGUGAGGGCUCUUCUGAUAAGAUGAAGCUAGUCACAAUCAUCAAACAAUUCUUUCCUUGGUGAUGCAAAACACUUGAUGUCUAGAAAUAGUACAAGGUCGAAAGGUGGCAAUCGAAAAAGCUAUGCUUCUUCCGUUGCGAUGGAUUUUCACGCUAUGACCGGGAAAUCUUAUUCAAUGCAAUCAUCUGCAAGUUUCUGUAAUUCCUCUCAAAUCAUAUAUAUAUAUAUAUAUAUAUAUAUAUAUAUAUAUAUAUAUAUAUAUAUAUAUAUUUAUA